AUGUCUGAUCACGGCGGUAUCAUGUCCAACACUGGGUACAACGCCCCAGUGCCCGAACUCGACGACCAUCGUCAUCAGCAGGCUCCCGCUCUGCGGACAGAACGCUCUCGCAGGGGCACUUUCGAUUCCCUGUACGGAACCCGCCAUGUCGAGCCAGAGUCAAACACUUCCGGCAUUAGGGUCCGCGAUUUCGAAGAGGCCAUCGUCGACGAAGACGCUUUGGAAGUUCCCGCCAUCGCACGCCAUGGCCGUCGUCCGACUGUCGAGACAGUCAACGAUGCACGGUCACUGUCGCCUCCAAACUCUGUCAAGGCUUUUGCUCAAGCACGCCGGCGGGAGCGCGACUUGUCCUUCUCCGAGCCCAAAUGCGAUCAUGAAGACGAUAACGAUGCUGGAAGCCUCUUGACCGAUAGAGAGGCCGAGGAAGACGUCUGCUUUCCUUUACAAGACGGUCGCCGCAACCACGAGCUGCGUAUUGACUUCGACUAUCUCGAGAACUUCAUCAACGCGGAGCGAGCCGCCCACGUCGACGAUCGACAAACAUCCUCGGAACUCUUUGGGGACUUGCGCGGUCAGUCCGCAGAUGCUCGCAAAACCCAACUGGCAACCAUAGAUGGAGACAUAGUGGACAUGCCGUCGGAAGGGUCUGUGUCCAACGAAAAAGGGACCGCCGAAGCAACCGCCAAACACACACCCAACCCCAUAGAUAACAAUCGUUUCGGCUUCUUCUCGUCUGCCUGGGAGUCGACGAUACAUGCUGCCGAGAUGGGCGACCUUGUCCUGCCCGGGGAGGACAUUCGCGGCCUCUUCGAGCUCCCCAAAGACGAGGCGGAUGGGGUGUGGUGGUUGAACGUUAAUCGCGCCUCCAGGGAAGAGGUCCAAGGGAUCUGCAAGGCGUUUGGUGUUCAUCCUCUCACGAUUGAGGAUAUAAUCACUCAAGAGGCUCGCGAGAAGAUUGAGCUGUUUCCCUCCUACUACUUUGCCUGCUUUCGAUCCUUCAACGUUGUGGAGGAACCCGACGGGGUUGAGUAUGAACCAUUCAACAUUUACGUGCUUGUCUUUCGAGAGGGGACUCUGAGCUUCAGCUUCGCUCCCAACUCGCAUGCUUCUCAGGUCCGCAAGAGGAUUACGGCCCUGAAGGAAUAUGUCUCUUUGAGCAGCGACUGGAUCUGCUAUGCUUUGAUCGACAAUAUUGUGGACUCAUUUGCCCCGGUCAUCCGGACAAUUGAGCUCGAAGCAGAUGCCAUCGAAGACGAGGUCUUUGUUAUGCGGCAGGAUGACUCGAGCUCGUUUCUCCGGUCAAUAGGGCGAGUUCGCAAAAACUGCAUGGCCCUGCUGCGGCUGCUGGGCGGUAAGGCUGACGUGCUCCGCGGUUUCACAAAGCGCUGCAACGAAAACUAUCAAGUGACACCGCACAUGGACAUCGGCAUGUACCUCGGCGACAUCCAGGAUCACGUCGUGACCAUGGCAACAAACCUUGGACACUUCGAAAAGAUGCUGUCCCGGGCGCACAGCAACUACCUGGCGACCUUGUCCAUCAACAGCAUAUCGCAGGGUACCGACACCAACCGCGUGCUGAGCAAGAUCACGUUCCUUGCUUCGGUCCUGGUGCCGCUGAACCUGGUGAGCGGCGUUUUCGGCAUGAAUGUGUCGGUGCCGUUCCAGGGAUCGGGGGGUCGUCUGGAGCCUUUUUUCGGCAUCAUUGGUUGCAUGAUCCUGAUUUCGCCUGCUGCUCAGCUUCACGUGCUCAACAUGAACUCCGCGCAGGCCGGCGUCGAGAAUCUCGACCUGGAGAAGCUCAACGACCAGGACAAAGCUGAGCUGCGCCAGUUCCUCGCCAACGAGCAGCAGCGCUCACAGAUCCAGUCUCAAACACACAACCUGACGCAAAUCUGCUGGAAAAAGUGCGUCACGGGCAAUGUCAAGAACGCCAAGCUCGAUCGCACCGAAGAGCCUUGUCUCGCCAACUGUGUCGACCGCUUUCUCGAUAUGAACUUCUUGACCAUGCAACACCUCAACAUGAUGCGCUCGACUUAG